GUGUAAGGAAGUUCCCCGUUGUAAAGAAGCUAACGCUAGCUAGCUAGUUAGCGCCUGCUGGUGUAGCGCGGUUUGAACCGUGGUGUUAUGGUUGUUUUUGCAAACAACAAGGACUGAUGCCAGCAAUCAAGUGGUUUCGACAAUGAAAGCGGCACACUUAUAUUUGUCUUUGCUCGUUUUUUCUUCGGCCAGUGUGCUGGUUAACGCGUUUGAGCCGUUCACAACCACAGUGGUUCUGGGGAUCGGCGCGGCGCUGGGGCGGACAAUCUACAAUUAUUUACACGAAAGUUGCGAUUCAAAAUGGAUAGGCUUCAAUGCAACAGGUCUGGACGUUGACUUGGAAAACAAAGUGUUUGGACAGCACAUUGGGUCGCGCAUCAUCCUUAAAGCUUUGACUGGAUUCAUGAGUAACGACAACCCGAAGAAGCCCCUGGUGCUCUCUCUGCAUGGACACACCGGCACAGGGAAGAACUUCGUUAGCAAGCUGAUUGCUGACAACAUUUACAAAGAGGGCAUGGACAGCAGCUUCGUUCAUGUUUUCACAUCUGAACUUCACUUCCCACAUGCAAGUAAAUUGGAUACCUACAAGUCUCAGCUACAGCAGUGGAUCAAAGGCAAUGUCAGCAACUGUGAACGCUCCAUGUUUAUCUUUGACGAGAUGGACAAGAUGCAUCCUGGCUUGAUUGACAGCAUAAAGCCGUACCUGGACUACUACGACAAGCUGGAUGGAAUUUCUUAUCGGAAAGCCAUCUUCAUCUUCCUCAGUAAUGCUGGAGGGGAGAGCAUCACGCAGACAGCUCUAGAUUUCUGGAAAGCAGGACGGGAUCGAGAAGAGAUCGAGCUUAAAGACCUGGAAACGUUGCUCUCUCUUUCAGUUUUCAACAACAAGAAUAGUGGCUUGUGGCAUACAAGUUUGAUUGACAAGAACCUGGUGGACUUUUUCGUCCCGUUCCUGCCUCUGGAGUACCGGCACGUCGUCCAGUGUGCCAUGGCCGCGAUGAAAGCCAAAGGACUUGAGCCGGAUAAGAACGUGGCAGAGCAGGUGGCCAAAGAUGUAAACUAUUUCCCCAAAUCUGAGAGAGUGUUCUCCGUCAAAGGCUGUAAGACGAUAGAGAACAAGUUGCACUACUACACAUAAUGUCAGCAUCUGACGGACACUCGGAUGCCGACGUUAUCCUCCACUAUGUGCACUUUUUAAAAAAGAGAAACACUCUCCGCCUAGUAAUUAAAGCGAGGAUGUCAAGCUGACUGAACUCUGAGGACGGAGGUUACUCUGUCUGACUUUGUGGCCACAUGGAGGACUUCAGCAGGCCUUCUCAAAUGUUGCAUAUUGCUUACACUGAAUGCGGAGGCUGAUGAACGGGAACGGCGCCAGUUGAAUGAAAAAGUAAUAAGACUGGAAUACUAUCCUUUGUAAGUGAUCGAGGGGCUUGAUCCCCGUUUUACACCGCGGUGAGAGUCUCAAAGGCGGUUUUCCUGAGAGCUUCUUAAUGAGUUAACAGGCUGUCCUGUCUGUAAAACGAUGGCAUUUCACUGUUGUGCAUUUGUUUAAUUUUUAUGUGUACUCCAUCAUUUGGAUUACUGAAAAAAAAAAAAAAACAGCCUUAAUUUCUUUUUAAUUAUACAUUUUUAUUUUUGUUUUAUUUUUUAGAUCUACGGAUUUAUUUUACACACGUCCACUGUACAUACAUCUUCAUCAACAGUUAAAUUUGGCCUUAGUAGUCCCCACUCAAAUACAUAAUGCAGAUAACUCUGUUUUAUAUGUCAUAUUGAAAUCAUUAGCCAGAUAUGUUUUCUACACAGUUUAGCCCCACACUUUAGAUAUCCACUUUGGUUAUUAUUAAACAUGUUAGUGUUAUACGUAAGUAAUAUACACUGUUAUUGACAUGGAUGUGUCCAUAGUGAAGUAUUUGUAGAUGUAAUUUAGCCUUUUAGUCACAUUUUGACUGGACUCUGCAGGGUAUUUGUACACUGUGUAUGAACUCAGGAUAGUUCCAAUUAUCGCAAACCACGAUUUUACCAAAACUUAGAUUUUUGUUAUUUCUUAAAAAUCCAGACAGUUCAGGACACCAAUCUCUAACAUUGUAUAUAUCUGAUUGGUUGAUUCCCCAAUUACUUGGAUUUAAAAUUCAGCUAAAAGGCUUCUUUCAAAACACAAAACUGUGUACUAUAUUUAGUCUCUAAAGAGAAGGAGGUCAUAGCUGUGGAAAACUUUGUUGUCGAAGGAAAUGUACUGAUGGUUUCUCAGAAUGUGACGGUUUGCUGUCAGUUUUAACAUUAACAACAAAAAAAGUAAUGAAAUGUUUUUUAUACAAUUGCUCACUGUGAAGGAGCAUUGAUUGUGUGAAUGGAAAGCCAACACUAGCAAGCUUCUCUGCUGUAAACACACCAGACAAACAAAUCAAAUAAAACAUGGCAUUUUCUUAGUGU